AUAUGUGCAUAACCACCUGGAUCUCGGUUCCUUAAGGUUGGUGGGGGUUCCAGGGCAAUAAUUGGUUCAUUGUUAGCAGCUAAAGCUUAGCUACCUAACCCACGUUCAAUCCAGGCGUGAUAUUAUCAUCUUUGAACUUACGAUCCGCAAAUCCGCAAAUCCGCGAAACCUCUGGUAAUAAAUUUACAUUCAAGGUCUUGCGAGAGCAUUCGCGCUCUAAAAAAAAAAAAAAUACAUAGACCUCCGGCUGAAGAAUGCUAUGGAGAAGCAUUAAAAAACAAAUCCUCGACAUGGCAGCACACGCUUCGCAGAUAUGCCACCUCCGUUGCCUAUCCCGUCGAAGGCUGCGAUCCAUGCCCUCCGAGGGAUUGCCCUAGGUACUUCGUGUGCCAUUGGUGUCAUAUUGGAAGAUCGAAGGCGCCGAAUUAGUACUUUAAAGACCGCCCUGUCGAAUAAAGAGAAGCUCAAGGCGGUUAAAAGAUAUCAUAGCGUGGCAGACCCGACUCCGGCGCGACUCGACGAAACAGCUUUCGCAGAAGGGGACCAAUUCCAAUGGCACCACGUAGAAGAUGAUACAGUUAGGACGCGCGAUGGUCCUUCUGCUUCUAAAACGUCUCCUCAGCAACACUCGCCCGAGGAUGCUUCUCCAGAUACGAACCCUGCGCCGUCUGUAAAGACAGAAGACGGAUUGGAAUCUCCCUCGACGACCACUACCCAAGCCGAAACCUCGUCCUCCCAAACCACGCAUCAUGAUGUAGCAGUAGCACAUAUAUUGAAUACCUCUCGGCAGCAAUUAUGGCCCUCGGAAACCGAAUUCGAUGCCCAUAAGACUUGGGGAACGUAUCAAGCUUUAUAUUCUAGUCCCAUGCUCAAGAUCCGUCUAAAUAAGCGCCGUAGAGCCAUUGCGGAUGUGACUAGCAUUCUGGAUAGUAAUGAUGAAGAGAGAUUAGACCAAGCUCUUAGAAGAUUCUUGGACGCAUGCCGUGGGUCUUAUUCUGAGCAGUUAGAUGAGCAAUGGAUUGAGCUUUCCAUUCGACUUUCCAGAGAUUUUCACGCAGAGAAUCGUUUAGAGGAUGCUGCCAAGAUCCUGCUUACAAUACUCGGCAUCGGCCCCCUCGAGGAGUCCCAGUUCUUCGCCCAUCAACCCAUACCUCUUAUAAACUACUACCUACGCCAAGUAGACGAGAACGGACGCGUCCCUCAAGAGGCCGUAUCUACGGCGACACGCAUAUUUCUAGCGACGUUGAAAGAAAAACCCCAAAUGCGCUUCGAAGAGCUGGAAGAGUUCGGUAUGCAGCUGAUGACCGAAAACUUCAUGUUGGGUCAAUUUAGCCUUGUCGGUGACGUUUACUGGAGAGUAAUUGCUAUCACCCAAAGUUCCGAAUUUAUGGGAUGGGCUAUACAAAUGCUUCAUGAACACCGCGACCACAAACACGUACUCAAAUACUUCUUGCUAAACUUCUCGAAGACGACUCCUGACGCCAGGUCUUAUUUCAACACGGUCGAUUCUGUCGUGUCCUCUGUCGAGGCUUUAGGGGGUAUGAAAGCUGAACACGUACUGGACGCUCUCUGUCGGAUGGAUGGUGCAGGUACAGGAAUCAUACGAUCUCGUUGGGUCAUGAAGCUGCUACAUGCCUACUGGAAUCGCAACCGAGACUUCCCAACAUUGAAGGCGCUCUUUGACGCGAUGUUGUCUAUAGACAUCCUAGACAGAGUGACAAACUCGAACUUAGUCUACCGUACAAUGGUCGAGUUAUCUAUUAAGGCCGAGAUGAAUGAUGUGGCAAGGUUAUACUGCGAGGAACUUCUCGAAAAGUUCCCAGAUAUGACCACGGACGUCACCCUUAAAGGCCUUUUUAUUUUGCCCAUGGCUAAAGCUGGAGACUGGGACGGCGUGUCUAAUGCUUUUGCUGAGAUGCAGACCCUAAGACGUGGGCAAGAAGAUGAAUAUGAUAAAGCUUUCAUCCAAAUCUUAAAAAUAUUUGCAGAGAGCCAUACUGCUUCAGAGGUUCGCGAUUUCGUAUCACAUUUCAUCAGCCAUCUAGGAGUACGCAUGCAUCGGUACAUCGUCACGCUAGUAGCAAACAAAUACGGCCAAUGCCAUGACAGUUCAGGCUUCGUAUCGUGGCUACAAUACUGCAGCGAAGUCGGAUUUGCUAUGGAUUCGAGUUUCUGCAACUCAGUCCUCCACAACUGCCAUGCUAAAUGGGCUAUGCCCUACAACGAAUUGCGGAAUCUCUAUACCGAAUUCGAAAGGCUUGACGUGUCUUUUGAUGAUGUGACACGACGCAUCUUAAGCCAAGCAGCAUUGAAGGGCAGCAAAACCGAUAGGAAUGGCAACGCAGUCAAUAGAGCGCAGCACCCAUCUCACAUUGCAGUGGAUAGAUUAGCUUAUGCUGGCCACACGUCCAAUAGACGAGACGUCUACGAAGCGAUGAAGCAAGAACUAAGUAAUAGCAACACGGCAACGGCGAUUUCGAUCUACCAGAACGCCAUUAGGUUUGGAAUGCCCCCUUGUCCACAUUGCCUUCGCUUAGCUACAUUCGCAACGCUGAAGAACGGCAAGAAUGGCUCUGCUUCCGCGAUGCAACUAUUACAAAUCGCGUACGAUCGCGGCGAAGACAUCAGCUCGGCGGUGUCAGAAUUCAUCAAAUUCCAGCUUAACAAUCUCCAAGCAGAGGCCAAAGAAGCUUUACUUCACAUGAGGAAUCUGAUCACGCAAUUCGAAGCAUUACACAUUGUUAUCGUCCCGGAUAUCCUCACCCGCAUGGCCCUCUUCUGCGUUAAGUUGGGCAACUACAGCAAGGCACUCGCGCUAUGCAACCUAGCAGUAGACAAGAGCGGUACUGAGAACCUGUGCUUCUCUAGAGAAUGCUUCAAGGCGCUGCUUAUGACCUACCCGGCGCUGCGGGAUUUGGAAGGAACGGAAAAGCUGAUGGAGGACCUGCUCCAAAGCAAUUUCGCCGGAGACAGACCCGUCUAUCUAUACCUAAAACGGACGAUAAAAUUGGUCAAGAAAAUGGCUCCCGACCGCACGACGGAUGCUAUAAUAGAUAUUCUAGAGCACGGGAGGAGGGAGGUGGCGAGGCGGCGGGAGAAAAUCAGGAGGGAGAGUAAAAAUAUCGCCAACGAGACGCUGAGGAUCAUGAAGGAUGCGCUGUCGGAUAUGCGGGGUUUGCCGGACGGCGAAGGCCCCGAAGAAUUGCAGUGGCAGUGAGCCCUUUGCAAGAAGAGUAAACGAAACGGGCUGCCGCGUAAUAGACAUUGCAUAUUAUCUGUAUAUCUGUAUAUAUCCCGAAAGGUAUAUAUUGCCCCCGAGUGUUGGUUAUACGGGGACAUCUUUAGAACAUAUAGUACCUACUUAAGGUAUGGUAUAUAACAGGUACCUAACUGCUUACAUGGUAUUUACCGUGUUGGCUUUCAAGUACAUUUUAACCAUUUUAACUGGACA